CGUCCCGUCAUUUGUCAUUUGGUUCGCCAGCUAGGUAGAGCAAAGAGAGCAAAAAAAAAUCGCGUCGGCAAUAGGCAGCACCGUGUUGUUCGCGUUCGUUUUAUCUGUACGUGAUUAAGUUAUUAUUCCCAUUCUGGAGUGUUUGUGUGUUUGAGCGAAGAUAGAAAUCUAGACGACGAUGGCUUAUCAGGGAGGAUACCCGCAACAACAGUAUGGAGGCUAUGGACAAAACCCGGCUGCAGCGGGCGGGUACGGAGGCGGUUACGGUGGUUACGCACCGCCACCGCAGCAACCGCCCGUCAAUCCGGAAAUCCAGAACAUUUUCCGCAACAUCGACAAAGACAACACAGGCCGCAUCAACAACCGGGAGCUGCAGCAAGCGCUGAUCAAUGGACGGGGCGACCACUUCUCCGACAUGGCCUGCAAUUUGAUGAUCAGCAUGUUCGAUCGCAACAAGACCGGCACGGUCGACAUCUACGACUUUGAGAAGCUGUACAACUACAUCAACCAGUGGCUGCACGUGUUUAAGAACUUCGAUCGCGACGCAUCCGGCCACAUCGAGGAGUCCGAGCUGACCCAAGCGCUGACGCAGAUGGGUUUCCGCUUUUCGCCCCAGUUCAUACAGUACCUGAUUGCGAAAAACGAUCCCAUCAACCGGAAGGAAAUCUCGGUCGACCAGUUCAUCGUGACGUGCAUCCAGAUACAGCGCUUUACCGACGCGUUCCGCGUCCGGGAUACCGAACAGAAGGGCAUCAUUACGAUCGGGUUCGAGGACUUUCUCGGCAUCGCGCUCUCCAUGUGUUCCUAAAACUGUGCCGGCGGGGACAGUCAGGCCGAAUGAACUUCGAUGCUCCUAACCUAACCGCUAUCGUUUCCACACACACACACACACACUGAGACACACAUACACACACACACUUGGACACGGACACACAGCCGACACAACACAUCAACACAAACACGGGGCAGCGAUAAAAGUAAAGCACGGUAAUGAUUCACUGUUAAAGUAUUCUACUAACGGACAAAGCGACAAAGCGACAACACAAAACCAGGAUGUGUGUGUGUGAAGAUGUGUGAAGUACGGAAAGACCUGGCCCGGAGAGGAUGGACGAUACCGGAUGUUUGUCUGGAUGAGCCUUAUUCAGUUGAAUGAAAUACGCUUUUGUGAGAAUCAAAAAGAACGAACACUCAGAUGGAGAGGAAAGGAACUCGCUGAAAUGGGGGGGAAUCACCCGCAAACCAAGCGGACGCAGACGCGAAACAAUCAGUGCAACAAAUGAUGCCCAAGCAAAAGUACUGUAAACCCGGUUAACAUUCAUUAACUUAUUCCUCAUGCCCGUAACACCAAUAAUAAUCAUCGUAUCGUAGUGAAGCAGAAAGGUGUAAGGCCGCAAAUACACGACGCGCGUUUCCGCGGGCGCGUUUAAACGCGUAUAACAGUUCCGCAGAGAUAUCCAGCUGGGUAUCUCUGCGUUUCCACGGUAGCGCGUUCGAAUGACAUUUCAUUUCUAUGGCUGGAUUGUUAUACGCGUUUCCGCGGGCGCGGAAACGCGCGUCGUGUAUUUGCGGCCUAAUAGUACAGCAGAAGGUUCAACUAGACACACAGGAAAAUGGCACACAAACACACACACACAGAUAGAAAAACAACUCAUAUGCGUCAUAAUUUAUAUCUACUUCAAAAAGCUAGAGCAAAACGGCAUUUGCGGAAACGGAGAUUGUACGUCAAGUAGUGCCGGUGGAGGCAACAGGAAGGGAUGCAGGAUGGGAAAGGGCGGCAAACAUGCAUGCCAAACAUUAAUGCGGGCCGCAUCAUCCACAUGCGUCUUGGGUUCCGCGAGGAGAUAGAGAGCGAUUCCCCUGUGCUGCUCGUGUGUGUACUCUGCUGGAGCCAGUUAUAUCUUUUGAGUUGAUUAGCAAUGGUUUCUGCGCAUUGGAGCUAUCGUCGUCGUCGUCGUCGUCUUGUGUGGUGUAAGUUUUUCGCAACCGCCGCCAGAUUGUGCUGAAUGAUGAUGUUGGGUGGGGGUUAUGGGGCAGCUAGCUACUAGCGCGCUCUCCUAGUAACUUGGGCGAAGGUAGCAGUAGCGAGCGGGGUCCGGUGGUGGCGGCGAUGGCAACAACGACGAAACAAUUAUUGUAUUUUAUUCUAUUGGUAAUAAAUGUACUAUUAUCUAAUA